UAAUAGUACCAACAUUUCAUUAUUCCAAACCAUAAAAAGGCCUAAGACAACUCAAAGAAAAAAAAUGACAACUCCUAAGCAAAUGGAGCAACAACAACAACAACAACAACAAAUUGUAAAGAUGAAGAACUCAGGGAUGAUAAGUUACAAUGGUAGCCCGAUGAUCGAUGAUCGAGACGAGGAGAUGGCACGAUCAGCAUUAUCUGCUUUUCGCGCUAAGGAGGAGGAAAUCGAGAGGAAGAGAAAAGAAGUUUCCGAUAAGGUUCAUGCUCAAUUAGGCCGCGUUGAGGAAGAAACUAAGCGUUUAGCUGAAAUUCGCGAGAAGCUCGAAACAUUUGUUGAUCCAGCUGGAAAAGAAGUAACAAUUGUGAGGAAGAAGAUUGACUUAGUCAAUCGUGAAUUAAAGGGAAUGGGACAAAAUUGCCAAAGAAAGGAAAAGGAAUACAAGGAAACACUUGAUGCAUUCAAUGCAAAAAGCAAGGAAAAAGCUCAGCUUGUUACCAAAUUAAUGGAGUUGGUAAGUGAAAGUGAAAAAUUGAGGAUGAAGAAAUUGGAGGAGCUGAGCAAGCAUAUAGAAGCCUUGCACUAAUUAAUACUACUUUUAUAUAACUAAAAAAUUGAUGUAUUGAUCAAUUGAAACUCUCACAUUGAACUUUUUUAGUUUGUUACAUGCUUUUCUAUGUUUGUUGUAUUUUUUUUGGUUUUAAGUUUGACAAGUCAGGUCUAAUUUGACAUCCUUAAAUAGGAUAAAUGAUGGUUUGGUAUUUUUCUAAUUUGAAUUUCAGAUGUAAAUUGUGAAGAUGUGUCUUUAUUUUUUUUGUAUGAUGAUCAUAAUUCAUGGAUUUUCCCUUCAUGAAUUUCACUAUAUUGAACUGAUUUU